CCGGCGGCAACAGCUCCGCCUGCCCCGACGGCGCGGCCUGGGUGCGCGACGUGUUCAACGAGUGCGCGCGCGACGGGCGCGACGUGGCCAGCGUGCUGCUGGGCCUGCUCUCCAUCGGCUGCUUCGCCGCCGCCUCCCUGCCGCAGUUCUACCAAGCCUGCAAGACUGGCAUCAUGGACCAGGCGCUCUCCAUCUACUUCCUGCUGGGAUGGCUGGGCGGAGACCUCCUCAACCUCAUCGGCUCCUUCCUUGCGAACCAGCUGCCUCUGCAGAUUUACACCGCCAUUUACUACGUGCUGGCAGACCUGGUCAUGCUGUUCCUGUACAGCUACUACAAAGCCAAGAACCGAAGGGGAGCAUUGGGAGCUCCCAUCAACGCGGCCUGCGUCUUUGUCCUGCUGGGAAUGGCGUCGGCGGCGUCGCUGCUGGGCGGAGAGGCUGGCACGGCGCCGGGGCCGGCGGCGUUCCGGGGCAGGGCGCUCCUGGCCGCCGGCACGCCGGAGCCCGGCGACACGCCAUUCUCCAGGAGUGAAAUCAUCGGCUUCAUCAUUGGCUCCGUCUCCUCCGUGCUCUACUUGUGCUCCCGACUCCCCCAGAUCUACACUAACUACAAGAGGAAGUCGACGGUGGGGGUCUCCUACUGGCUCUUUGCCCUGGUGAUGCUGGGCAACGCGCUGUACGGCGCGAGCGUCCUGCUCAAGAACCCCGAACCCGGGCAGAGCCCGGCCGACUACGUCCUGCGCCACCUGCCCUGGCUCGUCGGCAGCCUGGGCGUCCUCUCGCUCGACGUCAUUAUUUCCUGCCAGUUCCUCGCUUACCGGACGGGAAAGGCUGGCGCUCCGGAAGAGAGAGACGCCCUCCUUGGGGAGCAGGAUGAGCCCUCGGACAGCUGACCCCAAAGGUGACCGUAAAGCCAGGCGGGCUGGACCCCCAUCCUGCCAUCAUCCUUGGCCGGCCCUCGGGAGAGGCAGGGAGCGACGUGUUGCGCCGCCGGGCGCCCUGCCCGGGAACCCUCGUGCCUUGUCAAUGCCAACGAUGCUCCUGGGAGCCGCAGGGAAGGAGACACCUCAGCUGGUUACUCUUCGCUGCUCUGGAGCCCCACAGCUGGGCUUGGGCAUCCUGCUGUCCAGGCUGCAUCUCGAGCUUCCCUGUUCCUGGCAAAAGCGAAGAGAACUCGGGGAGCUGCGGGAAGGGAGAAGCGAAGAGCAGCAGGUCACCGCUGCGCUCCCUCCUGCCCUUCCCUCACUGCUGCUCUCAUCUCCACGGCUGAGCCCCUGCAAGAGCCAGCGGCGAGGGCAGCGGGCGAGGGGAGCAGCCCAAAGGUCUGAAUCCACACAGAUGUAUCCCAGGUGCCGUGGCUUGCACUUUAUAAAAACAACUCUUUGC